UUUUGUAUUCCAAAUUCUGUGCUAUGUGUGUCUGGAGACAGCUCCUAAAAAAUCCCCAGUCACUAUGAACUGCAAACUACGUCGCCUGGAUCUGCUCCGCAAUGGCCAAAAGUCGGACUGCGAGCUGCAUGUCUGGUAUCCGGAUAAGACGGGUAAGGGCAAGCGCUGCCAGCGCACCUUCAAGUGCCACCAGGUGAUGCUGGUCUCCGCCUCCGAGGAAUUCGAGCGGCUCAUCAGGGAUCCCGAGUUCCAGAAGAACAAAGGAGUUAUCACCGUGGAGGAUGCCUCGCCCACCGCCUACGAAGCCCUGCUCCUCUAUAUCUACACGUAUGAGGUGUGCAACGCGGUCACCAUCGACAUGUGUGGUGACCUCAUGCUCCUGGCCGAGAAGUACAAGAUGCUGGACUUCAUAGACUGCUACAUUGACAAAUUGGCUCACCAGGAUUGGCCCAUGGAGGUGGUGCUGCAGGUCUUCCAUCUGGCCAGUGAGCACAACCACCCGGCGUUGAUGGAUCUGGUGGCGAAGAAAAUCCUGCCCAUAGCCACCCAAGUCACCAAGGACAAGUCGUUCCUCAAGUUAAAUGUUAAAGAGCUCAAGGCUCUGAUGAUAAUCCUCAAAAAAGAGGAAGUCCUUACGGAUCACGAGCUGUUGGAGGCCCUGAAGAACUACCAGGAGGUGAACAACCUGCGCUACGACAACAUGGAACAUUUCCAGGUUUUCGUGGAGGUGACCCAAAUGUUCGAAAAUGUCCUCUUCGAGAUUGAUGGCUCCAUAGUCCUGCCCGAGGAGGAUUUCGAGACGCACGAAAGAGGCUCCGAUUCAUCGGUAUAUAAGAAGUAAACUUCGUGGGCGGGAUUACAUGUCUAGGGGGAUCAUUUAUUGAAUGAUAAGGAGAAAACAAACAUAAUCGAAUUCGGAUCGGCUUAUAGAAUAAAUACUAUAGAUAAUAUUAAUACCCGA